GAGUGGUAGACUCACAUGUGCAACAGAAAAGUUUUUCAGCCUCCAUCAGGAACCAUCAUCAUCAUCAGCAUCAUGAAGACACUCCUGCUCCUCUCUGUCCUCCUGUUUGCUGCCUCUGCAGCUCCAGUUGAAGAAGAACAGAAGCCUUCAGAAACAGCAGAGGUGGUUCAACAUGAAGAAACAGCUCCUGUAGAAGAUCCGGCAGCUCRUUUUAACUUCUGUCCGACUGGCUGGUUUGCUCAUGGAUCUCACUGCUAUAUGUUCGUCAGCAUUUCCAAGACCUGGUACCAAGCUGAGGAGCAUUGCAACAGUCUGGGUGGUCAUCUGGCUUCAGCCACCAGCCCGAGCCAGUACAGUUUCCUCCAGCAGAUAACUCCAGUUGGCCAGAGCACUGCAUGGCUGGGAGGGUUCAACCUGCAGGGACAGUGGAUGUGGAUCGACCGUGAGGGUUUUUACUACACCAACUGGUACAGYGAGACGUCUGUCAGCAGCAGCGCCUGCCUGUACCUCAACACUGGCUAUGGUUGGCGUAACGGUGCCUGCAGUUAUUCUUGUAACGUCAUCUGCUCCAAGAAGGCAUUUGGCUGUUAAAACUGAUGCUUCAGGUCUGCAGAUUGUGAAGAACCGGUUAAAAUGUCACUUUAUUUAAAUACAUCAAAUAUUAUUUUGUCUUUGUUUUAAAAUCACUAAUAAUUGUACAAGUUUUAUACAAAUGAAAAAUCUCUCAAUAAAAGAGAGAGAAUGUGCCUUGUUAUUAAUAAAAACACUUUAGUCCAUGGUGUAAUUUUAAGAGUUUGCUUAAAAUGUACAACAAGUUGCUGAAGAACUUCCAGUAACUCAAAAUCCAUUAAAAAAAUCUGUUGUUGUGGAAUACUGAUUAUGUAUCACC